UAGAACCAUAUUCAAUUGAUGCUGCAAAGGCUUCCAAAGCUUUGCAUCCCAUUCAUUUUUAUUUCUCAUUUUGAAAGCACGGCAUCAAUGGAUGUAUAUAUGUGCAUGCAUAUAUUCAUGCAUGCACACUGUGCGUUAGGAGCUGUUUUUUUUCCCCCUAUGGCUUAUUUUGUGUUCUGUUAAAUGCUUAUGCUGGUGUCUAUACUGCUACCGCUGCUGGCUUCCACAGCUCAGACUCUCCUUAGCUCUAGCUUCGGAUUGGUCUCUCUCUUAAAGUGCUGGCCAAGGGUUGGUUGCAGGGACUGCUGAAUAACAGGUGCAUUUUGCUGCUCUGUCGCCUUUGAAAGAAACAGCCGAGGAAGGCUGGUGCAUCUGUUCUCUAGCUGAGAGAGAAGCAGAGGAGAGAGAAGGCAGCUCCCGUGUGCAGGAAUGUGCCUGAUCGAAUAGACAAAAGGGGGACACACGGAUGCUUGGAAAAAAAAGGAAAAAAAAAAGAAGGCUGGUGUAUCCGCACAGGAGACAGGCGAGAUACGAGAGCAAAGUGAAGAGAUGCACGGAUGAAUAGCACGUUAAACCCUGGAUGGAUGGUAUUUUUCUAGCUGAUUCAGCACUGUUUCUGGUGUUUUGCUCCGUACAAGAAUCGAAUGGAGGAAUGUUUGUUUGUUAAUUAUCUGUGACAUUUGAAUGCUGAGAUUUAUCUCCCUUCGUGGUGGGGAGCCUACUUAAAUGCUGAUGAUCCAGCUUCUCCAUGCUCAUGUAUUUUGGGGGGUGAAAGGAAUAUAGGAUGAGUGAAGGGGCUGCCUCCACCUCGCCACCUGUACGUCCGGCAGCUGCUGAAGAGGCUGCAGGUGGAAACACUACAGAAGAAGAGGAUGGGGCACCAAACCCUCGGGAGGUGCGGUGUAGUGACUGCAUUGUGUGGAACAGGCAGCAAACGUGGCUAUGUGUAGUGCCUCUCUUAAUUGGAUUCAUUGGCUUGGGUCUGAGUUUGAUGCUUUUAAAGUGGAUUGUAGUGGGUUCUGUGAAGGAUUAUGUCCCUCCCGAUUUAAUGGAUUCCAAGGGUAUCGGUCAGGACCCGAUUUUCCUUUCCAAACCGAGCUCUUUUCCAAAAAGUAUGGAGACUACAACUACCACGACCACCACGAGGACUCCCAAUCAAAUUAGCACCCGUUUAACCACUACCACCCGGGCGCCAACUCGUAUCCCGGGAAGCAGAGUACCUAUCUGGGCAAACCCUCGAACCACAACUGUGCGCCAUACAGUUGCCCCUCCUACAAUUAUCUCCACCACUGCCCCCCUUAGCACCACCACUUUUGCGCCACGCCCACUUCCAGGGACCCCCAGCACCCAGCCAAUGCCCAUAUGGCCCACCACGGAAUAUUCUACCUCUACCUACAAAAUGUAUCUCCAUGUUUCCACCCAGUCUCGGUUUCAGGAGUCUACCACGACCACUCUGGAAACUACCACUAUGCCCAAAUAUCGUAAGUAG